AUGAAGAGCGGCCCGGGCCCUUGGCUCUGUUGGCUGAGUUUUGGCUUCGCCUCAGUUGUCGAUUGGCCGACGUACCUGGAAGGACCUGGAACCCAGAUUCCCUCCUACUUCAACUUCGAUUGCGUGGGUCUGACCCAGACCUUCCAGUGGGAUCUUCUUUUUUUGAGUUGGGAGAAUCAGGACAAUGAAACGCUUGUUUGGUGGCAGUUUGAGGAUGCUUGGAGAAUGCAUGGUCGCGUCGAAGCAGAACGAGUCUUGUGGGAGGCUGAAACAGAGUGUCCGAUUGGGGUCUUGCACUUGCUUUUGCUGGAAACCAGUUCCUUGAUGGAGAUGCAUGAGGAAGCCGCUAGGGUGGAGUCAGUGGAUCUUCCUAGUGGCGAGUAUCUGGAGGGUCUAUACGGCCCGGAUAGCUUCGAUCAAUCUCCAGUGGAUGCUGCACAACUCUGUUUCCUGCGAGAGCACUUUCAAGAUCUUCUUGGCCGCGUCUCCUGGUACUUUGUGGCUUUGAGUCGGUGGCAGGUGUUCGAGGUGAUGUACAGACACUUUGCCCUCCUCGUGUCCAGGUGGAGGGCGUUGAAGGCACAUUGCAUGUUGGGCUGGGGGGCAAGGGCAACUUCCUGCUGCAGCGCUGACCAGCAGGAGGACCCAGUGGCCUGGCCGGCGCUGCGGGAAGCGAUGCUUACAUUCGUCGCUGGCCUCGGCCCUGAGAAGAGCCUGCCAGCUGAAACACAGCUAAGCACCGUGGGAAACUAUGUCCUGGGACGUCCAAGCGGCGAGUUCGAAUUAUUGAAGCAAGAAUGUCCAUGCGGAGUGUUGUCAGCCUCACAAUACGUUGCAUACGCCUCGAUUUUUCAGUACACGAGAAGAUUUGAGGAUGUGGCACUUCUCAUACAGGAGCUACUCGUGUCCACACCUCUGGAACAUUUUGGUGAUCCGACAGAUUGGCCGGUGAUACAGAUGUUUCGAAUUAUCGCAGACGUCGGAGUCGGACGCUUCAUCCAAUACGACGAAUACUCCAAGCGGAAAGGGCGCUUAACGGACCUUUCGCCGGAAGUGAAGGCCGCUUUGAGUCCCUUCGGCUCUUCCGAGGAGGCCAGGCGUUUCGUGCCUUUUUUUGCAUCGAACCCUGACUUGAUAUCGGUGAUUACAGAGACUUCAAUGCAUUCCGAGUUUGCGAAGACGACGUAUUCCCUCCUGGCGGGCCUUGCGGUGGACAGACGGUCUCGGCCUGUUUACUAUACGCAGUAUUAUGGUGACAAGUUUGACGAUGUCUUCAAGCUGACAGUUCAGUGGAUGCACAUCCUUGGGCUCACACCUCUCCUCGUUUCGGUGUGUUGUACGGAUGAGAUUUUUCGAAAGUGCCUGGCACAAGGACAUCUCGUUUCUUGCUGGAGCCCAGGGUCCACAGCGCUUUUGCACAGGUACAUCCCUGCAGUGAUCAUGGCACACCUGGGAAUUUCGAUGGUGUAUUUCGACUUGGAUCAGCUGUUUCUGAGGAACCCAGACAUUGUGUUCAACGGAGCCCAUGAUCGGGGAGAUGUUGAUACCAUGUGGACCCAUCACCUGGACGGGAACUGCAUUUGUGCGGGGAUGUUCUACAUGCGUGCAACUCCACAAACAGCUGAAUGGCUGGAAAAAUAUACGAGUUGGCUUUACUUGCAUCCUUAUGAGAUUGAACAGAGGGGCAUCAAUGCGAUUUUGCUUCCGAAUGGCACUAUUGAAGUGUCUUUCAAGCCGACUGACCUGCCCGACCUACGCUUGGAGAUUCUGGACGACGCGAACACCUUCGUGUCCACAGAACCUGGCUGGAUGGGCGACUUCUCGCAGAUUGUCUCCAUGCACUUUCAGUACAUGCCGCUCGAUGACAAGAUUAUGAACAUGGUCCCUGUGUUGGAAGAACUCUUGGCACACGCUUCUGCACAUGGCACACCUCCUGAUGACCCUGCGGCGUUGCCGACAACCAGCGCCACACUUUCUCGGUUCGUUCUGACCGAAAAGCCACUCAGAAGUCGAUGCUGGUAG